AUGUCCCCAAACCUAAAACCAAUGAUCCCCUCCCUCCUCCCCCUCCUCCUCUCCACAACCCCCCGCAUCAUCGCCCUCGCUGCCCAACCAGGCGGUCCUCUAGAAAGAGAAGAAUACACGAUGGGCAUUGCGAGGGGCCAGAUUGAGGAUGCUAUGGGGUUGAUCAGGGGGGAGCUGGGGAAGAAGGAGUGGAAGAGGGUUGUUAAGAGGGUGGUGCAGGAGGAGAUUUCUGAGCAAGAGGAUGGAGGUGUUGGCUCUGAUCAAGACGGCCAGAAAGAAGAGCAGGUGCCAAUGGCGCCGACCCCUUCACCUUCACCUUCACCAUCACCUUCACCUUUACCUUCACCUUCACCAUCGCCACCACCGCCCAAACACAAACCCACGACGAACAAGCCAAAACCCCCAGCUUCAUCCCCCCCCGACAUAUCUCCAAUCUCUCCCAAAAGACCGCCCGCCUCUAACUCCAAGAGACAACCACCAUCCCCAAUCGGUCGGAAACAAGAACCUACAGUUAUCGAGAUCCUCUCUUCCCAACCUUCACAUCCUUUCUCUCCUCCCCCUCCACCUAGAUAUGGCAAGAAGCAUGUCGUCAUCGUAGACGAUGAAGACGACGGAUCAGAAGUAGAAGUAAUAGAAGUAGAAGAGGAAGAAGAAGAAGAAGAAGAAGAAGAAGAAGAAGAAGAAGAAGAAGAAGAAGAAGAAGAGGAAGAAGAGGAAGAAGAAGAAGGACGAGGAGGAGGAGGAGGCGAAGCAGAGCAAGAUGCGCCAAGCCAGAUGUCUUCCGUCUACGACACAACCUCCCAAGCCCGACGGGCUGCGAAAUCGAAAGCUGGCGUCACCCCGAGUCCGAGUCCGUCGCCUGUCAAGAAGAAGAAGAAGAAGAAGAGGGCUAAUCGCGGGGACGGUGAUGAGAAGAAGAGUAUGGGGAGUGAUUUGGAAGAGAGGAAGGAGAAGAAGGAGGGGAAGGGGAGGAAGAGGAAGAGGACAGUCGAGGAAGAUGAAACGCCAAAAAAGAAGCCUGCUCCCAGGUCGAGGGCGAAGAAAGACCCUCACGAAGGCCUCUCUGCGCAAGAGAUCAAAGUGGUAGAAUUGAAAAAGAUCAUCGUUGCUUGCGGUUUGCGUAAACGAUGGUCCAAAGAGCUAGCCAACUACCCCACCCCUUCCUCCCAGAUCACCCACCUCCAAAGCAUGCUCCGGGACGACCUCGGUAUGCGCGGGACACCGACGUUGGGGAAGGCGAGGUCUAUCAGGGUGAGGCGGGAGUUGGCGCAGGAACUUGAUGAUGUGAAGGCGUAUGAAAAAGAGAGGGGCCGUUCUGCCGACCAGAGAGGGAACAAGUCUCGUUCAACCUCCGACGACGAAAGUACUGCCACCGAAAAGGCGAGUCUCCAUGACAAGUUGACGAAAGAGGGGGUUUGUGCUGAUGCGAUUUUCGGGUACAGGGUGCUAUGGAGGCCGUGA